UUUCGAGCAAAUUAACAACAAUUCUCGGAAUAAUCUCGUUCUCAAGAAGACGUGAGUCAUGGCGGAGUAUUUAGCAUCUAUUUUUGGUACCGAGAAGGAUAAAGUAAACUGUUCCUUUUACUUCAAAAUCGGUGCCUGCCGUCACGGCGAUCGUUGUUCACGUAUUCACAAUAAACCUACAUUUAGUCAGACAUGCCUGCUACAAAAUCUAUAUGUGAAUCCUCAAAAUUCUGCCAAAAGUGCAGAUGGUUCCCAUUUGGUUGCAAAUGUAUCAGAUGAAGAAAUGCAAGAGCAUUAUGAUAACUUCUUUGAGGACGUUUUUGUUGAGUGUGAAGACAAGUAUGGCGAAAUCGAAGAGAUGAACGUGUGCGACAAUCUUGGUGAUCAUUUAGUGGGUAAUGUUUACAUCAAAUUUCGCAGAGAGGAAGACGCGGAGAGAGCUGUGAAUGACUUGAACAAUCGCUGGUUUGGUGGUCGACCAGUAUAUGCUGAACUUUCGCCAGUAACGGAUUUCAGAGAGGCUUGUUGUCGUCAAUACGAAAUGGGAGAAUGCACGCGUUCUGGAUUCUGCAACUUUAUGCACCUGAAGCCCAUCUCGCGUGAACUACGCCGUUACUUAUAUAGUCGUAAGAAGAGCGGCAGGGGAAGAUCUAGAUCGCGUUCACGUUCACGCGGCCGUGAUCGCAAGCGACGAUCGCGAUCGCGUGACAGACGGUCGAGAUCCAAAGAUCGCCGAAAAAGGGACGACAAAGGUAGGGACGGCAGAUCUGGAAGAUACUAAUUGUAGAAAAUUAUUAUUCGUUCUGACUGAUCUGACAUGACAUUCAAUGGAUGGACUUGAAUACGAACAAUUUAUCUUGUGCGUGCUCCAGAUAAAAGUAUGUAACACACACACACACACGUCUUAUAUAUUCUAUAUUUAUACAUGUAAUCAAUAGAAUUAGUGCUUUUCAAUAUUGUCAUUUGUUAAUAAUUUAGCGACUCCGAAUUAAUUGAAGGAUGUCUUUUUCACGCAAUGAAAAAUGAC